AUGGCCAAUUUGAACGGAAAAGCUCCUCCUCCCAAUCCACCGCCAGCUCCACCUCCCAGUCCUCCACCAAGUCCACCAACACCUCCUGCUCCUCCAUGGUUGGGGCAGAUGAUUUCAGGGUGGAGGAUUUCUCAAUUCAGCUGGGAAAUCACAGAAUUUGCAAUACUUAUGGUUCCAAAUUCAAAUCCUAGCCUCCCAUCAUUUUUCCAAAAAACAAAUAAUGAUCAAGUUGGGGAUGAGUGUCCUGAUCUUGAUGAUGUUUCUAACCUUAAACUUGUUUUCAAUGGGGUUCAAAAUCUUAAUGAAGAGGAACUAAUAUCAGCUGGUCAUGAUAUUAGUGAUGGAGGAUUGAUUGUCAGUGCACGAGAUAAGAUUAUUAACAAUCUCCACAGAUUCCACCGUGAGCUUGGCCGCAGGUAG